AGAUUUAGGAAACCUGUUAAAUCGACCUUUAAAAAGAAGAAGAAGUUGAACCGGGGAGAACCGGUAAAAGGCACAAGCAUCGACCAUAAAAUGCUUGGUGGCUCGGAAGAUGAGAUGUAUGCGAGUGAUGAUGAUGUUGUGGACAUAACAGACAUGCUAGAGGAUGGAGACGACACCGCUACGGUCUGCUACAUAACUAUUUUGAAAUCGAUGACGAGGAAGAAGAUGAAGAAGCAGCUAUUGCAGAUUUUCGUGCUGGUACUCUUCCGUUUAGUCUUGAUGAAAAAGAAUACACUUGCUAAUGUGAUUGCAGAUUUGGCUGAUUUACCCCUUGGCAAGGUGCGAGAGAUGAAGGAAAAGCUCGGCCUGAAGUUGUUCAACAAAGCGUAUUUUGGAGCUACUGAAGCUACUAAAAAAGCCGAAGAGAGUAGGAAGAAGAAGCUCGAAGCGAAAAAAUUUCACGGACAGCAUCGACCAAAAGAAAUUUCUUCAAAGAGACCUGUAUCAGCAUUCCGACCCAUUUAUCAAGAGAAUGUUGGGAAAAAGAAACGUGACCCACGGUUCGAUAAUAGAGCUGGGUUAUUCAAGGAAAGAUGCUUUGACGACAACUACCGCUUCCUUGAGGACUUGAAACGACAGGAGAAAGAGGUUUGCAAUGAAGCUGUUGCUUGUGAAGAACGAGGAGAUUCUGAAACUGCCGAGAAGAUUCGUGAGACCAUACGUCGAAUGGAAAAUCGUGAAAGAACAAAGGCCGAGCGCAAAAUGAAGGAAGAGACUUUACGAGAACUCAGAGAAGCAAAUAUCGAAAGGAUGAUGCAUGGAGAACGACCUGUCUUCAAAACGAAAGCACAAGUUAAAAUGAUGAAUUUGGAGAAGAAAUUCAAGCAGUUGAAGAAGGACAAUAAGUUGGAUAAGUACAUGAAGAGAAAAGCUAAGAAAGAAGCGCACAAAGACAUGAAGAAGAAGCCUUCCUUUGAGGAAAUGUACGGCUACCAAUGA